UCGGUCCGUUCUCCGCCGGCCGGGAAGAGAUUAGUACAGCGUUUCAGUAUAAAAGCCACUGCCGAUUCUCGAUUUGGAGUAUUACCAAUUCAGGUGUUCGAUCAUCGAAACGUAGCAAAACCUGCAAAAAACAACACGACUUUUUCAAAAUGAAGUUCAUCGUUGCUGCCGUUGUCCUUGCCCUGGCCGUCGCCUCGGAAGCUAGUUGGGCCGCGGGUCCUUGGGGAGCCACCGUCGUCCAGGCUAACGUUCCGGCGUGGCCAGCCGCACACUUUGCUGGAGCAUGGCCGUAUGCCGGAGCUUACGGUGCGUGGCCAGCUGCCGCUGCUCACUGGGGAGGUGCUUGGCCAGCUGCCGCCCACUGGGGAGUCCCGGCUGCUUCGGUUGCUCAUCAUGCCGGAGUUGUUCCCGGAGCUACCUCGGUGACUGCUAACCGUGGUGCCGUCCACGUUGCUCCACUGCCCGGCCACGCCAUCUCCCAGAAGCAGCUGAAUCUGGCUCCAGCCCCAGGAACUAUCUAAAAAUGCCAAAAUAA